AUGUUCUUCAAACGUAGUUUCUUUUUAAAAUGGGCAUCGAUUGCAGUCGCGUAUAUGUGUAUUUUUAUACUCAGUUAUGAAUUCGGAGUAACAAGAAGAUAUAUUCAUGCGGAAGAAGUAACGACGGAACCGCAACAUUUAAUAAUCAACCGACUCUUUCAUGAUCACGCAGAAUAUUUUAAUUCAUCUAUGAUCUUGAAAAUGAUUAAUAAGGAAUUGAAGCAUGCAUUACCGUUCGAAAUCGAUAGCACUAGUAGUAAUAGAAGUUCAAUCAUUCGUCAUGGUCUUGUUGUUUUCUACGAUUUUUCAUAUCAUCAUUUACUUUUUCAACAAUUUCUAUGGUUAUAUUCAUCGUGGACACAAUUACGUCCACAUGGCCAUACACAAAAUGAUCUUAUUCUAUUCGUUUCUUCAUCAACUAUUCCUGAUGAUUUCAAAAAACUUGAAAAUAUGACAAUACAUCUAAAUCAUAAAAAUCAAUUUAUUAUUUAUUCAUGUACAACAUUACUUGAUUCACUAGUAAAUCAAAAUUACGAUCUAUUAAAUGAUUAUCCACUCAAUUUUCGUAUGGAACUUGAACGGUUAUUUUAUUGGCAACAAACACGUCUUUCAACAUUACUAUUAUUUCUUAUUCAUGAAUAUACACAGAAAUUAUUAAAAUAUGAUUAUAUAUUUCGUUUAGAUAUUGAUUCAUUUUUAAUGCCAGAGUUUCGUUCUUAUCAACAAACAUCAUCGGUUGUCCUCGGCGAAACAAUUCGUCAAGAUGAAUAUACAUUAAAUAGGUUAGAUCGAAUAAGAAAAUCUUUUUAUUCAAAAUCAAAAGCUAAAAUAAUGAAACAAUUCAUAACAAUCAAUUGGUUCGGUCGACUAAAUGUAUUGACAAAAUUAACACGCCAAACAAUUCUAAUGGCGUUAUGGUUGAUGAAAGAAGAAUUUACAGAGUCUGAACGCUUACAUCACUUAACUUAUUUAAAUUAUCCAUCAUGGUAUAUUGAUGGUAUAUUUGAAUAUGCAACAGCUAUUGUACUUUCGCUUAAUCAAUAUGAAAAAUUUCAUCAUAAAAUACUUCAUCGAUUUGAUUGUCAUCAUACGCUAACAAAUUGUCUUCAUAUAUCUUUUCGUGAUCCGUCGCAUCAUUUACAUUUGUCAAAACAUUCACUUCAAUUAUUAGCAAAUAUUAAUCAAAGUAAUUUAACAAAUAAUGAAUUAUAUAUUUAUAGAACUGUAAUUAAAGCAAAUGGACUAUUUCGAUUGUAUUUUUCCUCGUGA